AUGCGCGAGGACGCCAUCGUCGUCCGCGACCGGAGACGUUUCGGCGAGCAAGUCAAGGCUGCCGCGCUCGUCGCGAGCGGCGGCGUGAGCGACGAGUGCGACGUCGUGAUGGACGCGGUCAUGGGCGAUUUCUUCAAGGGCGGGUGGGACAACCUCGCGAAGACGGGUCGGUACGUCGUCUACGGCGCCGCGGAUCUGACCCCGGCGGGCGACUUGGGUUUAAGCGGUUGGGUCAAGCUCGCGUGGAAGUACGUCAGACGGCCGUUCGUGGACCCGAUGAAUCUCCCCGGGGUGAACAAGUCCGUGAUGGGGUUUAACCUGAUAUGGAUGUUCGAUAAGAUCGUGGAGCUCGGGGAGUUGCUCGCGGGGUUGGAGGCGUUGAAGUUGAAACCGCCGACGAUCGGCCGCAGGUUUCGUUUCGACGAGCUCCCGACGGCGCUGCGGACGUUUCAAAGCGGCGGCACGACCGGGAAGGUGGUCGUGCUCGUGCCCGACGAAGAGGAGGAGGAGUGA